CCUCUGUCCACAACUGUUUGUAAAUUGAUGUAAAUUGAAUUGUUUCACAUUUUAUCUUAUGUCUUGCUUUUGCAUGCACUGAAUCUUUUCUGAGAAGACAAGAAACAUGAUUGACACCUUCAAAAACUAUUCAGCCAUGAACUUCAAAGAGGACUGGAAACUGGUCACUGUCCUCAUUGGGAUAAAUUACAUUUGUGACUACUGCAAAAACAAGGUGGACCCACACACAAUCAGAGCUAGUGGCGUCUAUCAUCAGCGUGCUUUCCAGUGUGCCGACAUGAGCCCCUCGUCCUCUGUGCCCACAUCAGUUGAGUUGGUGAAAGCCGCAGAUAUCAAGGUCAUUGCAGCACUGGGGGACUCACUGACAACUGGUGUUGCAGCCAAUGCGUCCAGCUUUGCGCAAGUGCCCAUUGAAUAUCGCCAACUUUCAUGGAGCAUCGGAGGACAGGGGACAUAUGACGAUGUUAUCACCCUUGCAAAUAUUGUGAAGCUCUUUAACCCAAAUGUGACCGGCCCUUCCCCUACGUUCAGUAUUACUGGAAAACCCACAACUCUGAGUCAGACUGGACUUAACCUGGCCGUUACCGGGGCCAACAGUGGUGACUUUCCUGUACAAGCAAGAAACCUGAUUGACACCUUGAAAAACUAUUCAGCCAUUAACUUCACAGACGACUGGAAGCUUGUCACUGUGCUGAUUGGAAUGAAUGAUAUUUGUGACUACUGCAAAAACAAAACACUCUACACUGUGGAUAACUUCAUCAGUAACAUCAACCAGUCUCUGCACAUGAUGAUGGACGAGGUCCCACGGCUGAUUGUGAACGUUGUGCAAAUGUUCACCAUGGAGCCACUGAGACAAGUUCAGAAGCCAACAGAGGCCUGCCAGUUACAAAAAGUCUUCUGUUCCUGUUUGGCGUUACCAGCUGAGAACUCGACAGACCUGACAGAAAUUGUAGCACUCAACCGCGAGUUCCAGACUAAGCUAGAGGAACUCCUCAACUCCUCAACUUUCUUCAAGAAUGACUUUGCAGUGGUUCUUCAGCCCUACCUCUCCAGCACAGACCUACCCAAGUUACCUAAUGGCACGGUUGACUUCAGUUACUUUGCUCCUGACUGCUUCCAUCUCAGUGUCAAAGGCCAUGAGGAGAUGGCCAAAGGGUUGUGGAACAACAUGUUUCAACAGGAUGGUGAGAAAGUCCAGCUGGCCAACCUGACCACCUCUGUGACACUCAUCUGCCCUCCAACGGUAAUCAAUCUGCAUCAUUCUGAACAAAUCCUCAGAAGAUGA